CGCGUUUAGAUCCCGUAGGCCCAAUGCUCCUAAUACGACGUCGUUAGUUAAAGACCUAAAGUAUACACUCCUCUCCCGCCGCUUUCUUCUUCGGCCGGAAUCUGACGUCAGCAUAAAUUCGCGGUGGUUUUUACGUUGAAAGAUGGCAGCUUUGCAAGGUUACGGCUUGAUCUCCGUUAAUUCUCCCCUCCAUUUCCCUCGUACGCAUCAAUUCAAGAGAAGGAAUGCGAGGUGGGUCUCUCCCAUAGCAGCUGUAGUACCUAACUUCCAUCUCCCAAUGCGCAGUCUCGAGGAUAAAAACAGGACAAACACAGAAGACAUAAGGUCCCUUAGAGUUAUCACAGCCAUCAAGACACCGUAUCUCCCCGACGGAAGAUUCGACCUCGAAGCAUACGACAACCUAGUCAACACGCAGAUAGAAAAAGGCGCUGAAGGUGUGAUCGUCGGUGGUACAACCGGUGAAGGCCAGUUGAUGAGCUGGGAUGAACACAUAAUGCUCAUAGGCCAUACCGUGAACUGUUUCGGCGCAAGAAUCAAAGUCAUUGGGAACACUGGAAGCAACUCCACCAGAGAAGCUAUACACGCAACUGAGCAAGGGUUCGCCGUUGGAAUGCACGCUGCUCUCCACAUAAACCCUUACUACGGCAAAACAUCUAUUGAAGGCAUGACUGCUCAUUUUCAAACCGUUCUUCACAUGGGACCGACGAUUAUAUACAAUGUGCCGGGACGAACUAGUCAAGAUAUACCUCCACAUGUUAUCUUUAAACUCUCUAGGAACGCUAAUUUUGCUGGUGUUAAGGAAUGCGUGGGUAACAACCGAGUUGAGGAGUAUACUGAGAAUGGUAUUGUUGUGUGGAGUGGUAACGAUGAUCAGUGCCAUGAUUCUAGAUGGGAUCAUGGGGGGACUGGAGUUAUAUCGGUUACUAGCAAUUUGGUUCCAGGUUUGAUGAGGAAGUUGAUGUUUGAAGGUAGAAACUCGGCGUUGAACGCACAGCUUCUGCCUUUGAUAGAUUGGGUGUUCCAAGAACCGAAUCCUAUUGGUGUUAACACAGCUUUGGCUCAGCUUGGAGUUGCGAGGCCGGUCUUUAGGUUACCUUAUGUGCCGUUGCCUAUGUCCAAAAGGGUUGAGUUUGUUAAACUUGUGAAGGAGAUUGGAAGAGAGCAUUUUGUAGGGGAGAGAGAUGUUCAGGUGCUUGAUGAUGAUGACUUCAUUUUAAUCGGUCGGUAUUAGAUGUCUAUUGGUUAUUUUCAUUUUUAGCUUAUGGAUCGUAUGGUUGCCCUGUUCUGUUUGCUAUUUUGUAAUGAAUCUGGUUUCUAUUUUUUUUUUUUUUUUUUUUGUCACAAUGUUUCUAUUUUUUUAUUCUGACAUUAUUUAACUCAAAUAAUUUUUGGUUAGGCAAAAUAAUAGCGAACCACUCUAACAGUGACAAAAUCGGUUGGAAUUCGAUUUAAUAUACGUUAUAACUAAACUUAAGAUAGAGCACAUGUCACCAAUUCGAGCCCGUUCAAGGUGGUUGAGUGUCACUUCAUUAUAACUCUCCACCAGGGUUCGAUCCAUAUUGGUACCCUCUCGAAGAAUUUCUCGAGACACUCCUUGUCCGUCGGAGGUGACUCCGUGCGGCUUCUUCUUCCACACGUGGAAUGACCUUUCCCAGUUCUGUCUGGUGUAUUCUCAACUAGUUGUUGAGGAGGUAAUCUAAAUUACCUCUCUUUU